CCAAGAAUUUCUCUUGUCAAUCGUCAGUCGGCUUCUGCAAGUUACCAUGUUUCGACGAAACAGUGCGCACGAAAAACGGUGCUGAAAAGACAUAAAAAUGGAUGGAGGAUUACUCUCGCUGAAGUGGAACAACCACCGUUCCACUUUCUUCUAUGUUCUCUCUAAUGUUAGGAAAAAAGAAUGUUACACAGACGUGACGCUUGCCUGUGACGGGAAAUUCUACCCUGUGCACAAGCUGGUGCUGUCAACGUGCAGCGAAUACUUCGAGCAGAUGUUUGAACAAACUCAGUGCAAACAUCCAGUGAUUGUCCUGAAGGAUAUCAGGAGCGAGGAGCUAGAGUCCCUGCUCAGCUACAUGUACGUUGGUGAAGUGAACGUCGUACAGGAGAAGCUCUCUGGCCUCAUCAAGGCUGCUGAGUGCUUGAGAAUUAAAGGCCUGGCCGUGCCUGAUGAAGAGCCAGCAACAACCAAGUCAAGUGGAGGUUCUAGGGAGAAGAGAACCAGUGAUAAUAGCCUAAGUAGUGAAGCAAAGAGGAGGAGACAAGAUGACGGUUCUUCAUCUCAAAGACAAACUAGCAGUAGGGAAGAGACGAGUCGGAGAAGGGCGGACCAGUCAUCUAGUAACAAAUUUAAUAGAAAUAAUGCAUCGUCUAGUAGCAGUUCUGUAAAUUCUUCUAGAGAGAAUAGAGAUAGCGUGUCUGAUCAUCGUACAACAAGCAGGGAUGCUUCCGAGCCCAAUGAGCUGCAUCAUGCGCAGCAAGAUAAUGACAUCGAACUUAAGGCUGAAGAACUUCCAGACGCUCAUGAAGAUCUUCCUUCUGAAGUGCCUCCCGAAGAUCCUGGCGACGCCGUGAAGCAGGAGCCCCUGGACCUGGACGCUGUUUAUCUCUCUGACUCGAACUCGGCCUCUGACACCAAAGACAUGCUCGUGGAAGACAGCUUCGGGGAAGCUGACGGCCAGCAACACUUUAUGGACGAACUGCUUGGACAAAACUCGGCUUCUGAUCAGCAUGGGAUGGGAGAUUAUGGCGAGGGAGGGGAAGGUUCCUCUUCCUCAAGCGCCGCGACCAACCAACAGCAACAGCACAUGGUCGAUGAAGCUGGAGGUCUCUCAGCAGAACCUUGGGGGUCAUCCCUUGGUGUCUUCCAUGCUCUUAACUCGUUGGAUUUGUCCCCUCAAGUUUUGUUGGAGGAGCUUCCUACGACGCCUCUUACUGCCAACUCUUGCUCCUCUCCCUCGAAUUAUAUUCCUUUCGACGAAUUGCCUCAUAUCAAACCCAAGAACCCGCGGAUGAAUUACACGUGCCCCGUUUGUACGAAGGAAAUAUUCAACAAAGCUGAUUUUAGGAGGCAUUAUAUGGUUCACACGGGGGAGCGUCCAUUUCCUUGCCCACAUUGUCCGUACAGAGCUCGUCAACUUUAUAACCUCAAGAGUCAUGUAUCUAAUAAACACCCAGACGAACUAAGCAAUUUUAUCACUUGAAGAAAUUUUUACCUCACAAGUCAUCGAAGAAGUAACACAAAUGUAAAAUAUCGACCUGUGCUUCUGUGCUUCUUUUGAAUAUUUUACUUUUUAGGCAAUGAACGAGCUAUCCAACCGUCUCUGCUUCUAUUUCUAGUCUAAAUGCCGUUGUCGUGUCAUAUAUCUCGGUUUUUGCGAUGGUUCAAUUAUAAUCAUAGGAAUAUUGUCUUGCUAUAACUGUAACUUAUUUUGGUUUUCGCUUCGGCUUCUAUUGAUGCAUUCUAAAUCUCUUUUGUUGAAAAUUAAUUCUAUCAGUUGUGCACCAAACUCUGCUCUCAUCUAAUAUAGUGGAGCAGAGUUUCACCUGAAUUUUCAUCUGAUAACAACUUUUUGAACCGUGGUUGAAACAUCUAAUAACAAAUGUUAUUAGAUGUUUGUUUGUAGUGAAAACUAAAUUUUGUGAGUCGGGCAUCGAUUUGAGCUAUAUUUUUAGAAAACGCGUUCUAGGAGUUGACUCGUGUGUCGAAGGAAGUAAAACAAAAAUUUCACCUCUAAACUCGAAGCCCAGUCGAUUGAUCUGUGUAGAAGCGUUAAAUAAUUCAUUCAUCAAGAGAGCCGGUUUAUGAUGAAAGAAUUCUAGAAGCCCGUUCCUUUCGACUUCAUCCGGCGGUCGUUGUGAAGCAAUAACGAGAGGUUAAGAAGAGAACGAACUUUCAGUAAAAAGAUUUCUGGCAGAUUUUAAACCUUUUGUCACUCACUUUAGGUUAUCCAGUGGAUUCUUGGAUCCGAUGAAAAAUGUUCGAUGUAAAAAAAAUUAUUUGAAGAAACGUAUCGCAAAAUGUGCAACGUUUAUACAGUAUAAGGGAAGUUUUGUUUAGUUAGUUGCAACUGAUUACCCUUCUCGUUACUGAUGUAGCUGCAUAAUCACAGCUCUGUCAUUUAAACUUUUAAGUCGACCAUUUGUAUGUUUCAUGGUGACUACCAGUGGUGCUAAAUUUUGGCGUUACUGAACCUGUAAUAAUGUUGGAUAUGUAUACAAAUUUGAUUUUUUACGGUUUUUUCCUUUUUUUUCUUUGAUUUAUAGUUUUUGUUAUUACUUAUUUAAUCUAUCAAAUGAAAUGCGAUAAUAUUAUGCAUUGUUUAGUGUUUAUUCGCUGUAGUUGAGCCUUAAGCAAUAAUGACAAGGUCAUGUUUGAAUAUCUUGAGGUGAUCAAUGUUAUUUUGCUCGCUUGCACCUGAGUAAUGUACCCUGAAAAGAACACACGAAUUUAAAGUUAUUUUGUGUUCCGUAGGUCUCUCAUGACUUGCUCCCAGCUCCGGCUUCCAUGCCACCUUGGUUGCAUCCAUCAACCCA